UGUAAGGUAUCAGUACCUACUACCUAAUCUAUGGAGAGGCGAUAUUUUUUCGAAUCUCGAGUUAAAUCAGUUUUAUCAGAUUUUGUGUUGUGAUGUGUUAAUAGUAUAAUGGAAAUUAUUCACAAUAAUCGAAGGCACUCCCCCAAAUUAAGUCUGGUAGUACCCAUUGUGGCGGACACUGUUUUGUUACUGAUUUUGCAGCAACGCGACUUGCCAGAGACUUUUGACAAUUAAUUAUAACGAUAGUGUAAAUUUUCGGAUUUUUGUUUGUUUUGAAUUUCUUAAUUACUUGUGCACACAAGUGGUGUCAGUUUCAAGAUUUGUGCUGGAUUAACGAUUAGUUCUGUAUAAUGAGUAGAAAGCAAUGGUUUUUACUGCUUUGCCUUUUUUCCAUUUAUCUGCUGAUGGGGGCUUCCAUUUUUUAUGUAAUCGAAUCGAAGGAAGAAUUUUUGAGGAUGGAAAGGGAGAAUGAGGAAAGAAGAGAAAUUGAGGGUUUAAUAAAACAUUACUACCCUGAUGGAGAUAAGAAGUUUUUGGACCGAUUGGCAACAUACUGCGAGAAACCCCUGGCAGUAGAUAUGUCCCGUGAAAAAAGUGAAGAAAAAUGGGAUUUUUAUCAUUCCUUGUUUUUCGUUAUAACCGUUGUAAGCACAAUAGGUUAUGGUAAUCUUGCUCCGACAACCAUGUUAUCAAGAAUCAUCAUGAUCUUCUAUGCUUUAAUUGGUAUUCCAAUUAAUGGUAUAGUGAUGAUUUCACUUGGUAGCUACUUUGGUAGUAAAUUCGAAAAACUAUACCAUAGGUGGAAGUCGGCCAAAAUGCAAUACGAUUCCACAAAACUAGGAUUAGUCAGCCAAAUAUUCCUCUACCUCAUUCCAGGAUUUGUAUUCUUCAUAUUCUUGCCAUCCCUAAUAAUGGUAAUGUUCGAAGGGUGGAACUAUGACGUAGCAGUCUAUUAUGCCUUUGUUACACUCACCACUAUAGGAUUCGGAGAUUUCGUAUCAGGUGUUAAAAAUGAAUACCACGUUAACGACAUCUGGUACAUGACAUACAAGAUAUUCCUACUAUUUUGGGUGAUAGGCGGCAUAGGCUACGUCCUGAUGGUAAUAAACUUCAUCACCAGAGGUAUGAUGAGCAAAAAGAUCGUAAAACUAGAGCACAUAAUAACGGAGAACAUAAAGAAGACCCCUCAAAGAAUAAGACAAGAAUUGCGUACCCUCCUCCAUGAGUUUCUCCUGGUUAAAGUUAAGCCCGUUUAUAAAGGGGAGUUCUUGUAUGAACCACACGUUCUCGAAAGAUCUCAAAGUUGCCCGGAUUUGUCGAUGUUCGAUAGCGCCGAAUCGAUUUCUUGCGUGAGACAAAGAGCUUUCUCUGUAGGUUUCAGAGAAAUAAAACCGAGGCACAGCUUCCAAUCUGAAUCAGAGCUCGACAAAAUUGACAAGGAACGUACUUUUAGACCUUCAGAUGCUCUUUUGAAACAAAACCAUCUUCUUCUCAAAGUUGUGGAUGCUUUAGGCCAUAAAUCUGGUAAAUAUGGAUUGGACUUGUUUAGUGAUAGAGAUAUAUUGGCAUCAGAGAAUAUAAGUUCCAAUGCAUCAAGCGAUAUGAAUUUACAUGAUGCUAGACGAAGAGCUUUAAGUGAUACAACUCCUCCACUGGGUAUUAACAUAGAUUUCGAAAAGAAUAAUGGUCAUACUUGGUAUGGCGAUGAUGCUAAGUAUAAAUUAAAAGAAUUUAGGGAAAGAACAUGCUCCAUGCCUCAGCAAAGACCGAGAACUAACUCCAGCAUAUUUAGAAAGAUUAGGGAUAGAAUUAUGAAUCAAACCAAAACUGUGGAUGUUGAGAAGCAAGCUGAAGAUUAUCCACAGAAACCUAAAGAUGUUCCUAAUAUAAAUCUUCUUGAUGAAAGCUUCCUACGACCAAUAGGUUUACUUGACGAACAGGAUAAUUAUCUUAAACAGACUAGAAGGGGUAGAUACAGCAUGUUUGCAGGUCCACAAGAAAACUAUGUACGUCAAACAAGAGCAGGGAGAAGAUCCAUCGCAGAUUAUCAAGAUGCUGUGCUAGAGCAAACCUCCAUAGCCGACUUCUUAAGAGCUUUAACAGCAGUGUCAGUCCCUGAAACACUAGGACCAAAUUUGAAACGCCGCAAAAUGGGUACUGCCAGUAUAACACCGCCAGAGAUAGCCACACCUUCCAGAACACGUAGAAUGCCAAUAAGAGCUCAAUACCAAAACAGAAGAGCGUCUUUGAUGCCAUCACAGACCACCAACAAACUCCCUCCAAGGAGAUUCUCGUUGAGACCCGUGGACGAGAAUUUAAGUACCUCACCACCCCCUUACUCCAUUACUGUGAAUGAGGGUAGACGGUCUAUUAGAAGUAGAAAUAGGAGGUUUUCCAUUAGACCUACAACGAUGGCGUUUGGAAAUAGCACAGGUCCCGUACAAAGACAGUGUACAGUUUUAAAAAAAGACAAAACUGAAAGUGGAGAGAAAGCGGAUAAACAAUAAAAUGCCUUAAAUAUAAAUAAGUAUAUUUAAUAAGCCAAUUAAGACUGAUUAAUAGCGGUGCUAUAAUUGUAUUAAUAUUUUUAAAACUAGUCAUAGUGUAGGGAAAUUAAAUUUGUUUUUAUACUAUAAUAAUAUAAACAGGGUAAAUUACUUUUAUAGUUGUGAGUUCCUAAUGAAUGUAAACUAUAAUAGUGUAUUAUUAAAUCUCAA